AUGACGUCAUUCUUGAAGCCCGAGAAUGCCCUCAAAAGGGCAGAAGAAUUGAUCAACGUGGGGCAGAAGCAGGAUGCUCUUCAGACUCUGCACGACCUUAUAACUUCAAAAAGAUACCGAGCAUGGCAAAAAACUCUGGAACGCAUUAUGUUUAAGUAUGUAGAGCUGUGUGUUGACAUGAGGAAAGGACGGUUUGCUAAGGACGGGCUUAUUCAGUACCGGAUCAUAUGUCAGCAAGUGAAUGUUAGUUCUCUGGAGGAAGUCAUUAAGCAUUUUAUGCAUUUGUCUACUGAGAAAGCAGAGCAAGCACGUAGCCAAGCUCAGGCCUUAGAAGAGGCCCUUGAUGUUGAUGACUUAGAGGCGGAUAAAAGGCCUGAGGACUUGAUGCUGAGCUAUGUCAGUGGCGAGAAGGGAAAGGAUAGAUCUGAUCGGGAGCUUGUUACCCCAUGGUUUAAAUUUCUUUGGGAAACUUACAGGACUGUGCUUGAGAUAUUGCGGAACAACUCUAAAUUGGAAGCUUUAUAUGCUAUGACAGCUCACCGAGCUUUCCAGUUUUGUAAGCAAUAUAAAAGAACAACAGAGUUCAGAAGGCUUUGUGAAAUCAUUAGAAAUCAUUUGGCUAAUCUUAACAAAUAUCGGGACCAACGAGACCGACCUGAUCUUUCUGCUCCUGAAAGCUUGCAAUUGUAUCUUGAUACAAGAUUUGAGCAGCUGAAAAUUGCCACUGAGCUUGAACUCUGGCAGGAAGCCUUUAGAUCUGUUGAAGAUAUACACGGGUUAAUGUGCAUGGUCAAGAAAACACCGAAACCAUCAUUGAUGACGGUUUACUAUGUUAAGUUGACUGAAAUAUUUUGGAUAUCUUCAAGUCAUUUAUAUCAUGCGUAUGCUUGGUUCAAACUCUUUUUGUUACAAAAAAGUUUCAACAAAAAUCUGAGUCAGAAGGAUUUGCAGUUGAUAGCUUCAUCUGUUGUUCUAUCUGCACUUUCAGUCCCUCCUCAUGAUCGCACUCACGGUGCAUCUCAUUUAGAACUAGAGCAUGAAAAGGAACGAAAUUUGAGGAUGGCAAAUCUCAUAGGCUUUAAUCUUGAAACAAAGCCCGAUAGCAGAGAAGUGCUCUCAAGGUCAUCACUUCUUGCUGAACUGGCAUCAAAGGGUGUAAUGUCUUGCGUUUCACAAGAAGUGAAAGACAUUUACUAUCUUUUGGAACAUGAAUUUCUACCGUCUGAUCUUGCACUAAAAGUACUACCCUUGCUGAAUAAAAUUUCAAAAUUAGGGGGUAAGUUUACCUUUGCUUCAUCAGUUCCAGAGGUGCAUUUUUCGCAGUAUGUCCCAGCACUUGAAAAGUUAGCUACCUUGAGGUUGCUACAACAGGUGUCUAAUGUGUACCAGUCGAUUAAGAUUGAAAACUUAGCUGGGAUGAUUCCUUUCUUUGAGUUUUCUGUUGUUGAAAAGAUUUCCGUAGAUGCUGUUAAGCAGAAGUUUCUGUCAAUGAAAGUUGACCACAUGAGAAAUGUUGUAAUUUUCUGCAAGACGAGUCUUGAGGCUGAUGGCUUGAGGGAUCACUUGGCAAGUUUUGCUGAGCAGUUGAACAAGGCAAGGCAAAUGAUUUGCCCACCUGAUGCGCAACGAUCAAAACACGGAGGCUUGCUUCCGACUCUGCCAGAGGUUGUAGCCAAAGAACACAAGAGGCUUCUUGCUCGAAAAUCAAUUAUUGAGAAGAGGAAAGAGGAACAAGAACGGCAGCUUCUUGAACAAGAACGUGAGGAGGAGUCUAAGAGAUUAAGAUUGCAGAAAUUUACUGAAGAAGCAGAGCGAAAGCGGCUCGAAACCGAGGUUGAGCUGAGGAAAAAACAAAGACUCAAAAUGGAAAUGGAGGAGAAAGAUAAAGAGGAAGCUCAGGCUAUUCUUCAGGAAGCUGAAAAGCGCUUCAAGAGAAAGGGUAAAAAGCCCAUCAUAGACGGGGGUGUAAUUUCUAAGAAAACCUUGGUGGAGUUGGCUUUGAUUGAACAACACCGGGAGAAGCAGGAAAUGGAGAAGAAACUGCAGAAAUUAGCUAAAACCAUGGAUUAUUUGGAAAGAGCAAAGAGAGAAGAGGCUGCUCCACUUAUUGAAGCUGCAUAUCAGCAACGCUUAGUGGAAGAGAGGGUUCUUCACGAACAUGAGCAACAACAAGAGGUUGAACUGAGCGAAGAGCGCCAUGCUGGUGAUCUCAAGGAGAAAGAGAGGCUUAGUCGAAUGAUGGGCUAUAAAGAGAUAUAUCAAGAGAAAGUUGUCAGUCAUCGCCAAGCAGAAUUUAACAGAUUGAGAAGAGAAAGGGAGGAACGUAUAUCUAGGAUUUUACAGUCUAGGAAACAGGAGAGGGAUAAAAUGAGGAAGUUGAAGUAUUAUCUAAUUGUUGAAGAAGAGAGACGGCAAAAAUUGCGUGAGGAGGAAGAAGCUCGAAAGCGUGAAGAGGCUGAGAGAAAAAAGAAGGAACAGGCUGAACACCAAGCUAAAUUGGAUGAGAUGGCUGAAAAGAUGAGGAAAAGACAACAAGAAAUUGAUGAAAAAAUUGAGAGGGAAAAGAGGGAAGCAUUGCUGGGCAGACCAACUGAACCAGCCAUGAGGCCCUAUGAGCCUCCUGCCCGUCCAUUGGAGUCUCGCCCUGCUGUUUCUGUAGCAUCCGCAUCCCCAGCUCCUGGGAAAUAUGUUCCCAAGUUCCGGCGAGCAGGAGCUGAGGCUGCAGCUGCUGCUCCUCCAGAAGCAGAUCGUUGGGCCAACAGUGGCAGCAGGCCAGAUGGUGACAGGUGGGACCGUGGCACUUCAUUUGGUGGGGGUUCAAGGUCAUCUUCAUCAUGGUCAUCUUCCAGGAAUUCUCGUGAUCGUCCAUGA